AAGCACGUCUUUUCCACAUGUUUUCUGAGUAGACAGGAAGGGUCAGUGGCAUCUGGGCCCAGGCAGCUCUGAGGAGGGACCAGAUAUCCCCACCACCCAGAUACACAGUGGAGACGCGGACACCACCGCACCCGGCCAGAAGCCUGGCUCCCUCGUGGAAAGUCUCUGGCUGCCAGCACCCCUGGGCAGGGAUAUGGCCUCAAGCCAGCUAGGGGCCAGGGGGCAGUGCCUCCGUUUGCUGAAGACGAGGGGCUUCUUGCUGCUGAAGCUCUUGGCCGCUGUCUUGGCCGUGCUUCUCUUCUGUGAAUUUCUGAUCUACUACCUCGUCAUCUUCCGGUGCAGCUGGCCCGAGCUGAAAACCCCUGAAGGUGCCGGCGCCCUUGGGGCCCCCAAGGCCCCUGAGCCUGUGCUCAGGGCCAUGUUCUUGGCUGACACCCACCUGCUCGGGGCCGUGAGAGGCCACUGGCUGGACAAAUUACGGAGGGAGUGGCAGAUGGAGCGAGCCUUCCAGACAGCACUGUGGCUACUGCAGCCGGAAGUCGUCUUCAUCCUGGGGGAUGUCUUCGAUGAGGGGAAGUGGAGCUCGCCCGAGGCCUGGGCAGACGAUGUGGGGCGAUUCUGGAAGAUGUUCCGACACCCGCCUCAUGUGCAGCUAUGGGCCGUGGCUGGCAACCAUGACAUCGGCUUCCACUACCAGAUGGACACAUACAGAAUAAAACGCUUUGAGAAAGUUUUCAGCCCUGAAAGGCUAUUUUCUUGGAAAGGAAUUAAUUUUGUGAUGGUCAACAGCGUCGCGCUGGAAGGGGACGGCUGUGACAUUUGCUCCAGGGCAGAGGCUGAGCUCCUGGAAAUCUCUCAUUGGCUGAACUGCUCCCGGGAGGAGCAUCGCCCCCGCGGGUGCAGAGACAGACAGCGGCUGCCGGCCUCAGCCCCCAUCCUGCUACAGCACUUUCCGCUUUACCGGAGAAACGAUGCCAACUGCUCUGGGGAGGAUGCAGCGCCCCCCGACGAGAAGUACACCCUCUUCAAGGAGCGCUAUGACGUGCUGUCCCAGGAGGUCUCGCAGAAGCUGCUGUGGUGGCUGCGGCCGCGCCUGGUCCUCAGUGGCCACACGCACAGCGCCUGCGAGGUCCAGCACGGGGCAGGCAUCCUGGAGGUCAGCGUGCCGUCUUUCAGUUGGAGGAACAGAAACAACCCCAGUUUCAUCAUGGGACACCAGUGAUGACCUAAAGCUUCAGCUCCUUUGAACCCUGAGUCCAUGUCCAGGUAAUAGUGCUUUCACAUCAGGAGUUUUUACUUAAUAACAAGAUGGGGAAAACCUGCUUUCAAAUUGAAAGUAAAAGAACGUUCCCCACCAUCAUUUCACACAGCAAAAUUUGUCUACCAAAAAAAAAAGGCCCAUUGAAAUGCCCCACGCACAUGCAUUUCUAGGUGAUAGGCUGCUUACUUCAGCAUCAAGUGGCAUGAAAAACAGCCGUGUCAUCUUUGUUCCUGGAUGACCACUGAUCUAAGUUUCCAGGCCUCUCUGAAUCCUCUCCUGCAUGGCCUCUGGGUUUAGAGGACCUCCCCACCCCAUAUUAGGUGCUAGAUUCAGUGGGGGAUCAGCUCCCAGGCCAUGUGCACUCAGCCCCCGGGACCCAGCAUGUGGGAUGGCGGCAGUGUGGCCUGCAGUGUCCUUGGUCUCAGGUUCGUUGGGCCUAGCGGCUCACUCCCUUGCUCGUGUCUUUGUGUUGGUGCUAUCCGGGCAGCUGAUGGUCUUGCUUGCUCCCCAGGGCAGCAUCACGCCCAUGGACUACGCCCUGGCCAAGUGCUACCUGCCAUGCGAGGACAUGGUUCUGACCACGUACUGUGUGGCAGCCGGGUG